AGCCAAUCAGACUUACUCGGCGUGAAACCAGCGCACGUUGUGUGGCGCGCGCGUAUGAUGAGAAACCCUGCUUGAUGCCUGGCGUUUUCAAAAUUGGACGGUUAUCGGGGUUUUUUGUUUUGGCUUGUGUGCACGCGACGCGAAUCCUGACCAUUAUUUAUUUUUCCUGAGCUGCAACUUCAAAGACGUUAGUUAUCUGUAACUGGGUGGAGCAUCAACUUUGUGCUGAGAGCAGCGCGGCUAGGCACGGCGAGACCAAACCUGCUCCCCACCGUCGUCUCGUUCUGCCCCGCCGCCUCUCCUCUCCUCUUCCUCCUCCGCCGUCACCGCUGCCGGCUUUCUUUCUCCCGCAAAUCAAAGGAGCAAAAAUCUGUCUGCACCCGGGCCAAUCUCCUCCAUCGUCAAGCGUCGGCAGAGGACAGAGAGGCCCAGUGAGGUGAGAAACAGCACUCCUGCUGGUUUGGAGAGAAAGCAACCCCUUGGCAGGCUGGCAACGCUCCCCGCACUCCCGCCUCCAUGUAUCCCGAAUCUACCACAGACUCUCCUGCUCGCCUUUCUCUACGACAGUCCGGCUCUCCAGGCAUGAUCUACAGAUCCCCAAACCGGCUGGGCCGGGCAGCGGAGUGCGCAAGAGCAGCAGCAGCAGUAGCGGCGGAGUCGGAGGUGAAGGAAGGAUGUUGUCCAUGUCCUACAGCGAGAGCAUACGGAGCGGGAUCAGCCGCUACCAUUCGGACCAGGGGCUCAACCAGGCCCCAAGACAGACCAACCAAGCCGAGCUCCUGCGGCUCCGGGAGCAGCGCGCCGCCGCGCAGGUCAAAAACAUGGAGGACUUUCUGAAGAUGAACGGCCUCACAUUAGAGGAGUGUGUGUCCUUCCAGACGGGAAUGAAGUACAGAAACCUUGGGAAGUCUGGACUGAGGGUGUCAUGCCUUGGGUUAGGAACAUGGGUGACGUUUGGUGGUCAGAUCACAGACGAGACGGCUGAACAGCUGAUGACUCUGGCGUACGAGAACGGGAUCAAUCUGUUCGACACGGCUGAGGUCUACGCUGCAGGAAAGGCCGAGUUAGUGUUGGGCAACAUCAUAAAGAAGAAAGGAUGGAGACGCUCCAGUUUAGUGAUCACCACCAAAAUAUUCUGGGGUGGAAAGGCGGAGACUGAAAGAGGACUUUCCAGGAAGCAUAUAAUAGAAGGUUUAAAAGCUUCACUGGAGAGAUUGCAGUUAGAGUACGUGGACGUGGUGUUUGCUAACAGACCUGACCCCAACACGCCCAUGGAAGAGACGGUGCGAGCGAUGACCCACGUGAUCAAUCAGGGAAUGGCGAUGUACUGGGGCACGUCCCGCUGGAGUCCCAUGGAGAUAAUGGAAGCGUACUCUGUGGCGCGGCAGUUUAACCAGAUCCCCCCCAUCUGCGAGCAGGCGGAGUAUCACAUGUUCCAGAGAGAGAAGGUCGAAGUGCAGCUGCCCGAGCUUUUUCAUAAGAUCGGUGUAGGGGCAAUGACGUGGUCCCCGCUAGCCUGUGGGAUCAUCUCAGGGAAAUACGACAGUGGCGUUCCUCCGUACUCCCGCGCCUCUCUCAAGGGCUACCAGUGGUUGAAGGACAAGAUCUUGAGCGAGGAGGGCCGGCGUCAGCAGACGAAGCUGAAAGAGCUGCAGGCCAUCGCCGAGCGGCUGGGGUGCACGCUGCCACAGCUCGCCAUCGCGUGGUGCCUAAGGAAUGAAGGAGUCAGCUCUGUGCUCUUAGGAGCCUCCAACACGGAACAGCUCAUGGAGAAUAUAGGCGCGAUACAGGUCCUCCCGAAGUUGUCCUCUUCCAUCGUGCACGAGGUGGACAGCAUACUGGGGAACAAGCCCUACAGUAAAAAGGACUAUCGCUCGUAGUGUGUGCGUGCGUGCGUGUGUGUGUGUGUGAAGCCCAGGGGUCGCCCUGCACCUAGCCCCUUUGCCUGUUCCUCUGUUUGCUUGAGCUUUUACUGAAUGAGUAAGCAGCGCAUGAGACCGGCAGGUUACACCCCGACCCUGCAGGGGGAGCCGUGUAGACACAUACAGGGAACGAUGAAACAAAACAUCACAAAAAAUACACACGAGGUUUAAAAAAAAAAAAAAAAAAAAAAAAAAAAACUAGAGAGUAAUAUUCACGGAGAAAAGGAAAGAGCCGGACCUACCUACCUGGGAGGAUCAUUACAAUUUAAUAGAAAGCUGACGUUAAUUUAAAAAACAAAUAAAUAAAAAAUUACACAAAAAAAAAAAGAAAGUGAAAAAAAAUAGCACACGCUUGCUUGGCUGUAGGAAAUAUUCCGUUUUCCUCUGCGCAUUGUUUUUGAUACUCCAAUGCAUAUUUGACCAAAAAUAAAUAUGUAAAAAUAAAUAAAUACUGCAGCGCUUACAUUUGGGUGAUCAGUUCAUGAUUCGUCGCACAUCUCCCAUAGUCACUCAUGAGGUCUGUCUUGCCGAAACCAUUCACUGUGUCGUCUGCGUCACGAUUGCACACGCCCCCUUCGCAGAUGAGCCAAUCAGCACUUUAAGAGUCCAUCUGAAGGAGUGGCUAUGGGAGGCACUGGUGUCUAAACAGAUAUACGAGCAUCAUUUUUUGUUAUUUUCUCUCCCUGAAAUACAACCGCAGUGGUAAUCCUAAUGUUAUGGAAUUAUUUCUCAAAUCUCUCUAGAGCUUUAGUGGUUACUGCUGAUCUGGAAGAGCGUUGAGUGGCGUUCUGCGUCUCGCCUGCUCAGGAACGCGAUGCGCAUUGUGAAUAGGAGCGCAUGCUGUCUCUCACUUCUAGACGCUGGACGUUACCGUUUUAAGAUCUGGCGUCAUUUACACGUGGCUGAAGCCAAAGAAUAUAUCCCAGCUCCAUCUAUAACGUCUCGCUGUAAUCUCUCCUGUCUGAAGCUGUCAUUUAACAGCAUGUACUUCCUGUUAUUUCCUUACUCUAUAUCAUAUCAUGUAUAUCACAUAUCUCCUCUCGCGUAUGUACUCACUCUGGCCAGGAUACGUGGCGUAUUGAUAUAAACACGUUUAUACACUUGCACCGUAUAUCUUAAGAAUGUCGUUAGAUCUUUUCUGCACCAUGUAACACCGAGUUCAGAUAAAAUUUGAAGGAAAACGACCAACAGAUAAUUCUUUCCGAAUUGUAACGAAACUUCUCCCCGACUGCAUGACGACCAUUUUCCCCGAAGCAUGCGCUCUUCAGCCAUUACACGAUUCGUGUGUGCGUGUGUGUGUAUAUAUACGUAGAUUUUUUUUUUUUACAUUUGGUCGAUCGAUUUAGGUUGUUUUUUUUGUUUGUUGUUUGUUUUUUUAACCGAGACACACAUUUGCUUGCGUGACGCUACGUUCGCACUUGCAGCGACAAAGUAUUUAUUUUCAACAAGCGUCCGUGACAGUCGGUGACUAGAUGUGGGUGUGUCCAAAAAAGAGAAAGUUUACCUUUAUGCAAAUUUAUGCAUGUAUGCUCACAUUGCGACAACCAACGUGUUUGAAGACAGUCGAGCGCACGUGAUCCGCCCUGCUGCCUGCAGGUCCAAAUUGUCUCGUGGACUCGGACAGUCUGGCGCUUCCGCUUUCGCAGCAGGUAAGAUGGCCGUGAUGGUAGAGCCCUCACACUUCUCCUUCGUUUCAUAGGAUGUGAUGCAUUUACACACUGGUGAAUUUGAGGUAUAAACGCUCUCCCUCCAGAAUGUUUCAUUUUAGCGGCAAGAAAACUAUAAGAUUUGUUGUGAAAGAGUGGAACGUGACUUUAUAGUACGGCGACUUGUGAUGCAUGAGGCUGUCUUAAAGGUGCAUGUACUGGACACUCAGGCGGCAUGGCGGAUCUUCUAAAGUCUUCAACCACAAUUGCAUAAAGUUAAACUUUUCUCCACUUUGUCGUGUCACCGGACACGCCCACAUCUAGUUGCGGACGAUCACAGACGCUUGUUGAAAACAAACGGCCUCCGGUUUCUUUGUUGCCCCGAGUCGCUGUACGCGUGAACGUGCCUUCGGUCUCGCUUCACAAAGCUUUCACCAGAAACCCUGUCAGGGUUUAUUUUAAAUUGCUUUAUCGCACGAUGGGAAACAAACGUGUACGUCGCUCUUAGGAAACUGGAGCAGCUUUCUGUCAUCUCUAUAUCAUUUAUUGUGCUUAUUUUUUCUCUGUCAAGCCGGACUUAAAUCGGUAGACUUUAAAAAUCAGAUGAACGUUGAUAUUUGUUCGGAAGCGAGUUGUAUAAAUGUUAGAUUAGAUUAAGAUCGAGGUCAAAUCUUUUAGCUGUGGUUUAGUUUUAGACAGUACGCGUCACCGUGCUCCAUACAGUAGACCCGGUUCUCCUGCUGUGUGUAGCGGCUGUGUGUGAAAUUAGGACGUUGUGGAAACCGAUUCUGAAUCGUUCAAAUAAAAAAAAUAAGUUGUUGAUGUUAAGUGUCGUUUUUGUUUUUUUUACUUUGUGGAAACGUCAAACGUCUCGUUUCUUUGUGCGUUUUAUGGCGUCGCCCUGUUUCUGUGUUUGAGAUUUUCUCAGGAAAGAAGGGCAUUACUGUGUGUGUGUGCGCGCGCGCGCGUGUGUCGGCGGUGGGCAAAUUAGUACAGCGUUCUUCAGUGCACUUGCGCCACACGUGGUCAUAAGUAAGUACUGCAUUUGAUAAGUAAAUAAAAACAAAUAAUCACUCAGUGGUACUGGCUUGCUGUCGAACUCGUUCCCUAGGGAAACGUGUCGUGCUUCUCAUCUCCCGAAGUAAAAACGAGACCCAGAACAGUGCUUUAAUGUUUCUACGUGAAACGCCUUUUUACGUUGUUUAUACCUGGAGUGGAAAUGCCGAGAGCGUGGCCGGAUGGACCGAGGAUGAGUGCUUAACCAUCAUCCGCUAUGUGCUGAGAAAUUAUUUUUUAUGUUCAUUAUUUGAAGGAUAAAGGCAAGGUUUAAAACGGGGUGAAAAAAAAGGGAUUUUAUUUUUUUAGCAUUCUUCGUCGCCCUGAUUUGAUGAGCAUCUAUUUGCACUGAAUAUGCAUUUUGAAGAACUCUGUAUAAUGUAUGCAACGGCAAGCUUACAUUUCCACCCGCACGUGGAGAGAUACUGUAUGUCGAGACAGAGAUCUGUAUAUAGUUUGACCUUUGUACAUAUAUAUACAUAUAAAUGGUUGUGUUCACUUUGGCCUUUUAUUUUUCUCUUUUUUUCUUUUCUUUUUUUACUUUCAUUGGCAGGCAUUGCUAACUGCAUUGUGCUUGAAUUGGAAUUUAGAAAUGUACAGCUUCAGUAUCUAUGAAAUGGAAAUUAUAAAAUAUUAAUGACUGAAAAUCA